CUACAGCAAUGCUGUUGCAUUUCCCUGUCGGCAGGCAGCCCUUCAUGAAGUGGAGCACAUAUUUUUCUGACAUUGGUAAUCGGAAAACUCAGAAGACAUCUCUUGCAAAAUACAGCGAUCUAUGCAAGAUUCAUACUUCUGUGCUCAGUGGCGUUAUUCCGGAGCGUUUUGUUGUAUGUAGGUUCGCCGGAACGCGGGUUGUAGCCUACUUCUAUUGGCUGCUCGAAAGCGAGCAGCGAUAAACCACUUGCCCGGACUUCCAUGCACCCGCCUGGGUUAGUUGAGAAGAAACAUUCACCAGUGAGCGCGGACUUGGUGUAGGCGCACCAGAAGCUAAAGGGGUAGGAAGGUACCAGAAGCGUUGGCAGAGCUACUCAGCUGGAGGGGCAGGGGGCAGGAGCUUCUCACCUGAGCGCCAGGUUUGUCAGCACAGCUGUCCCAGUCACAACCCUUCACUGACUAGCUCCGGACGAAGAAGAGGUAUUGCGGUGACAUCAUCUCUUGUGUCUUUUGGGGACACCUCCUCCUCCACCUCCAUCUCUGUCUCUCUCUGUUUUGUGACACUUCAACUGCGCCUUGGCGGAGCCGAGCGUUGUCUCACCCUCUGAGGACACCACACCGUCCCUCUCCCGUGUCUCUUCCUUGCGUCCUGCAGUCGUGCUGUCCCCUUAGUCCGAGGACACUUGGCCUCCCCUGUGUCUCCAUACUGCAGCCGCGUUGUCCCUUCCACUCUGAUGGCUGUAGACUGAGGACCCAGCUGGCCAGCUGAGCUGCCUUGAGCUGUGAACGAGGGGGAGAGAGAGGGAGGGAGAGAGAGAGGAGAGGGAGAGAGCGAAUGCCGGACGAGAGGGGGCGGGGCAGGCCACGCGAGUACGUCAGCGGCUAGUGGAUGGAACUCAGGUGAAUGGAACACAUGCCAAAAGAGCAGGAGACGAACCUAUCAGAGGGAGAAGAGAAAGGGUGGUGUAAUGGUUUGAAGAGGACGAGAAAGAAGAGCCAAUGUUCAGUCAAGAAUGUGACUGGUAAUAACAUGCUUCCAUCCGGCUAUAUCCCCAGCUACCUGGAGAAGGAUGAGCCAUGUGUGGUAUGUGGAGACAAGGCCACUGGCUACCACUACAGGUGCAUCACCUGCGAAGGAUGCAAGGGGUUUUUCCGGCGCACCAUCCAGAAGAAUCUGCACCCGUCGUACUCCUGCAAGUAUGACAGCAGCUGCAUCAUCGACAAGAUCACGCGCAACCAGUGCCAGCUGUGCAGAUUCAACAAAUGCACUGCCGUCGGCAUGGCGAUGGACCUGGUGCUGGAUGACAGUAAGCGUGUGGCUAAGCGGCGGCUGAUUGAGGAGAACCGUGAGAAGCGUAAGAAGGAAGAGCUGGUGAAGACGCUGCAGAGUCGACCGGAGCCCACGGGGGCCGAGUGGGAGCUCAUACGCCUCGUCACCGACGCCCACAGACACACCAAUGCAGCCCAGGGAUCCACCUGGAAACAGAAGAGGAAGUUCCUGCCGGAUGACAUAGGCCAGUCGCCGAUGACGACGACCCCGGACGGUGACAAGGUGGACUUGGAGGCCUUCAGCGAGUUCACCAAGAUCAUCACACCUGCCAUCACGCGCGUCGUCGACUUCGCCAAGAAGCUGCCCAUGUUCUCAGAGCUGCCUUGUGAAGACCAGAUCAUCCUGCUGAAGGGCUGCUGUAUGGAGAUCAUGUCGCUGCGGGCGGCGGUGCGCUACGACCCCGAGAGCGAGACGCUGACGCUGAGCGGCGAGAUGGCCGUCAAGCGGGAGCAGCUGAAGAACGGAGGCCUGGGCGUGGUGUCGGACGCCAUCUUUGACCUGGGCAAGAGCCUGGCGCAGUUCAACCUGGACGACUCGGAGGUGGCCCUGCUACAGGCCGUGCUGCUCAUGAGCUCAGACCGUACGGGCCUGACGUCCGUGGAGAAGAUCGAGAGCAACCAGGAGCGCUACCUGCUGGCGUUCGAGCACUACAUCAACCACCGCAAGCACAACAUGGCGCACUUCUGGCCCAAGCUGCUGAUGAAGGUGACGGACCUGCGCAUGAUCGGGGCCUGCCACGCCAGCCGCUUCCUGCACAUGAAGGUGGAGUGCCCCACCGAACUCUUCCCGCCGCUCUUCCUCGAGGUCUUCGACUACCAGGACGAAUGACGGCCAGCACGCGCCGCCACCAGCCCUGCACAACAGCAGAGGGUGCUGUAGAGGUGGUGCGUUGUGGUGGCGGCGGCGGAGAGGACUGAGAGGAGAGAGGAGAUGGAGGGCGGUGUGAGAGGAAGGAAAGAAGGGUGGAAAGAGGGAUGAUGUUUUUUUUUCUUUGUUUUUUGUGAGUUGGGUUGGGAGGAGAGGAUGGAACACACCCCCACCCCCCACCCCGAAAAAAAUAGGUCCAUCGAGGAACAAUGAACAAGAAUCAGAAGGGGGGAAGGGUGGUGGGAGUUUUUUGUUUAUUUCUUUAUUUGUUUCUUUUUUUAAACUCACUCUUCUCUUCCGUUCUCUCUUGUUCCUCUACACCUCUCUUUCCCUCUCUCUCUCUCCAUCUUGCCUAGCCAGACUGAGACUGGUGUCCGCCAGGCGAGGUGCCAAUGCACCCCCUGAACCCUAAAUCCAGCCCCCCUCCUCAACCAGACGUCCAGAGUGCUUGGCACACUCAAUGCCACAACUUGGACAACUCUGAAGUGUCACCCUGUCACCCAGACUCUCUCUCUCGAACUCUCGAACUCUGUUGCUCUCUCUAUCUUUCUUCUUCUCUCCCACGCUCCAUUUCCCCCUCUCUCUUUCUCUCACUCUCUCAUUCUGUCUGCACCUUUUCUCUCUCUCUCUCUCUCUCUCUCUCUCUCUCUCUCUCUCUCUCUCUCUCUCUCUCCUAGUCCAUGACCCUGCUGGGAAAGCUGAUAUUUCCUUUAACCAGUGAAGCUAGCAUCCGAGAACCUACACCUACCUCCCGACCUUACUACUUACCUCCCAGCCGAACCUAACUCUUAGCUGAUUUACAAGGUGCAAAAAAAACAACAGACAAACAAACAGCAACCAACCACACACAUCUACACCUCAGCCAGUGGCUCUGUCUAUCUGUGAAAUCUACUCGUUUUUUUGUUUGUUUUUUUUUCCAACUCAAAACCCACGUGUAGGAUGCCACUUGCUAGCGUGCUACAGCUAGCAUACUGCAAGAUAGUACAGUAGAAUCACAGUGCAGUACAGAGCAGUGUAGUACUGAGUACCGUACAGUACAAUACAGUACAUUGUAGACCAGGGGUGUCAAACGUAAGGCCCGUGGGUCAGAUGCGACAAAGGGUCGUCUUGUCGAGUAAGAUACACCCCAACCCACACAUACCCACUGCAAAGGAGUGUGCUGAAAAGCAUGGGCUUGGUGACUCUUACUCUACUAGACAAUUCGAUUAGACAAUUUGGAUGCGGCCUGCAAGAUGGUGCAAUCCGGCCCCACACUUGUAGACCGGUUAAAAACGAAGAGUGUCAAAAAUAAGAACUUCAAUCUCUAGCCCAUUACAAAAUUUGCUGCAGUUGUCUGAGAUUUCAGGGGUUUAAUACUGGAGAACAAAUGUCUUUUAUCUGGCUGCAUUUGCAGUCGAUGCUCCUGAUAUUACCCACACACUGCCACCCGCCUCGAGAUAGUGAACUAGCAAUGCCAUUCCAAUUGUGAGCAGAACAUUUUCGAUAUGUUGCAAUCACGUCAGUCGUCUGGCCCACUUGAGAUAAACCAGGCUGCAUGUAGCCCUUGAACUAAGAUGCGUUUGACACCCCUGGUACUGCACAGCAUAAAGGCCUUAUAUGAGCCGGUUGUGUGUUCAUUUUCCAGUAUAGUGUCCAACCUAGUUGUCAUUUCAACCUGUUUUUUUGUUUUUGUUUUUUGCACUCUUUUCGAUGGACCCUCCUCAUCAUGAUCUGUAUAAUGUAAUCUACCAUGUGAGACUGUGUCACAGUAUCGUAUCAUAUGAUUUGGUAUGUGAGCGAGCUGUCCGUUCUGCCUCGCUGACAUAGCAGCAUAUUAUAUGAGUUAUCCCAUGCUGUUUUGUCUGCAGACACAGUAUGCUAUGCCAGCUCUGUACUCAACUGCAGGGUAGUAUGCUACGGUAUAGUAUGAUGAUGUGAGCUGUCUACCCUGCAGACCUGCCGUUUAACAUGUCAGCCAUGUAGUAUGUACUCUGUAAAUCACACAAUAUAGUAUACGAGCUCUCUCUGCUGACAAGCAGACACAUCCUGAAUAGUAUACUACGUAGUAUUUGAGGUGACGUGCGUACUCUGCAGACACCUCCUGAAUAGUAUACUAUGUAGUACAUGACAUGAGGUGCACAGUGCACAGUAUACAGUACAGUAUAGUAUGCGAUUGAAGUAUUCUGCAGACAGGCAGGCAACACAAUACAGUAUAGUAUAGUAUAGUAUAGUAUAGUAUAGUAUAGUAUAGUGCAGUAUAGUAUUCUAGUACGUGAGUGGAAUAGUCUGCAGAGCGGCAGGCAUAUCACCACCAAUGCAAAGAGCUCAUCACUUCCAUAAUACCUCAUCCAUGUGCCUCAGCGUGGGCACACCAGUGUGCUUACUACAUCUGUAUAAUGACACACACACACACACACACACACACACACACACACACACACACACAC